AUGGAAGACGAAACCGGCCUUUGGUAUAUCCUAACAGAUCUCGGAGAUGACUAUGUGGUCCCAGAUGCUCGACCAGACGCCUCGACGGUUCUCCUUAGCCUUCCCACCGAACUUUUGCAGGAGAUUGCAGAGUACUGCAAGUUCUCCGACGUCCACUCGCUCGCAACUGUGUGCAAACAGCUGCAUCCUGUGGCCAUUUACAGGCUCUACACUACGGUUGCACUCCAUGCAGCCAAAUUCCUGUCGACGACGCUGCAUUGGACGCUAGUCGAUAGCGAUGUGACUACGGAAGACUUUUUGGAUCUCUGCACUGUGUCGGAAUCUGCCCAUGGUAGAAUUCUCUGUGGCUUGCUGGCACGACAAGAGCAUCUGGACGCUCUCCGAACGCUGAUAAUAUGCGACACACCGACCUCCUACUUAUCCAGUUAUGGGCGUCACGUGAAUAUGAUCAUCAAAGACAUCAUCUCCCGUGCAAGAGGGCUUCGACACAUCACCUUCCCGCCCCUUGGAUACAACCGGCCGUACUCCUUGCACCAUGCCGACUCUGGGGCUUCCAACUACGAUUCGCCUCUGGACCUGAAGGAGUAUCAGUGGCCUAGUUCAUUGAAAUCACUACGCUUGGAUGUCCUCCCAGAGAAUAAUACGGAUCUGCGUACGUUGCUUGGGGAGAUUUCAAGUCUCAUGAUCCGGCAUGUGGUCCACAUUCCCGGAGACGAAACGUUGAACAUUGGUCUCGGGUCAAAUCUUCGACAUUUAGACUGCCGUUGGCAUUUUUACGAUGGAGACGCAAUCGAUCGAAGGUGGACCCUCAUGUCGAUCCAUAACUUUAUCACGGCGCUCUCCGGUCUAGAAUCGCUGGCAACAGGGAUCCAGUAUACUCCACAAAAUUGGGGGAAGAUUGUCCGCAUGUCAUCGGAAAUUCUUGAAGUGUACAUUAACAUCAUCAAGAAACUCAAGCGUCUCCGUGAACUCAAAAUCUAUGGAUUCGAUUCAAGAGAGGAUCCUGAAUUCACACUUGAACACUCUGCUAUCCUGCGCUUUGCAAAUACCUGCCCAACGCUAAGACAGGUCAUACUCCAAAUACCCGACGUGCACCGAUACACAGAGAAUAUCAUGUGGAAACGAUGUGAACAUCGAGAGGCAGUCACUGGGGAAGCUCCUAUUUGGCUACCUGACCCAGCGACUGUUCAGAGAUGGAAGAUAUGGUUCAAAGUGUACACUACUGCCGAGCUGGUCGAGAAGCGGAUGCACCAGUUUUGGGGCAAGGAACGCCUGAUUCCAUCACUUAUAGACAUAGAAAACUUCGGCCCAUGA